GAUAUUUAGGUUUACAUAUUUGAACUGAGGGGACCGAGACGAGUUCAACGGUACCGUACUUUUGGACCGGAGACCAAAAAUAAGAAAGUUAUCUUCCAGAGGGAUAGGUUAGGUUUGUUGGACAAGCCGCGAAAGCGGCGCGUAGUACUAGCCGACCGCGAGCGAUUGCGAGCGGGUCGUCGGCUGAGGGACCCGAAAAGGACUUAACUCCAACUACGGACGAUCGGUGCGCUCGUAGAUCAACGUCUGCCUCUGCUGAAGGUAUAUAUGGCCGACUUGCCGGACUGUCCGUUAAACACGCGAUAGGCUUAGUGGAGAGAGCGACGCGACUCCCGAUCAUUGAUCGAUCGCCGGGAAAAAGUAGGGUACCGUUGAACUCGUCUCGGUCCCCCCAGUUCAAAUAUGUAAACCUAACCUAACUGAAGCACCACUAUUGAGGUUACUGAGGUAUACUUUAACCUUAAAUAUACAAUUUAGUAUAGAAUUUAAAAAUCUUAUUUGUGUACGCCAAUUAAGGAUUUAAGGACGAAAUGAUGGAAAAGAGCAGAAAGUGGAGAGUGGGUGAGUGUUUUUUCAAAUGUUGUAUGGAUGUUAAAACAAGAUAAAGAUGGAAAUCUCAAUUAUAAAGCUUACAACUGCAAGAAAAAUACAGAUUGUCAGAAAUCGAAACGAAGAAAGUUGUAUUUAAAGGAUACAGUUGCAAGGAACCUUGAUGGAAAUUAUUCUGAUACGGAUCACGAAAACAUGUUAAAAGAAUAUUUUCAAUUGAAAGUUAACUUGACGGAUUUAUAUCGAGAUUGGAGUGAAAAAGAUGACAAAUUUAAUAAUAUUUCCAAAAUCUUUAAUGGAGUUAGAAUUCUUAAACAAGAUCCUGUUGAAAAUUUGAUAUCUUUUAUAUGUUCAUCUAAUAAUAACAUACCAAGGAUAACCAGUAUGGUAGAAAAAUUAUGUUCCCAUUACGGUGAAGAAGGAUUGGAAAUAAAUGACAAAAUAUUCUACACGUUUCCUUCUUUAGAGAAAUUAGCCGAAGCUAAAGUGGAAGGAGAAUUGCGUAAGUUAGGAUUUGGCUAUCGUGCAAAGUAUAUUAAUCAGACUGCAGCUCAUAUUACUAAAAAUGAUCCCAACUGGUUAAUGUCUCUCAGAAAUAUCUCUUAUGAAGAUGCACGGAAGGAAUUAUUACAGUUACCUGGAGUAGGUGGCAAGGUGGCAGAUUGUGUAUGUUUGAUGUCAUUGGAUAAAAGUGAAGCAGUACCAAUAGAUACUCAUGUUUGGCAAAUAGCUACAAGAGAUUAUCUCCCUCAUUUGAAAACAAAGAAAACUAUGACUGAUAAAAUUUACUUGGAGAUUGGUAAUUUCUUCAGAAAUCGAUUUGGUAAAUAUGCAGGAUGGGCACAUUCUGUAUUAUUUGCUGCUGAUCUUCCACAGUUCAAACAUUUAAGAAAUGAAUUACAUUAAUGCAAUAAUCUUAAAUUGUUGUUUUGAAGGACAAGAGCAUCAUUAUCGAAUUGGAAUAAGAAUACAUGAAAUAUUUAAUAUCUUUACUUUGAAAUUGAAUUUUUAAUUGUAAAUAAAGUUAUUUUCAA